GAGAGCUUUUCCCUUCCGAACCUGCUUUUGAGCUUUUUCUCUCUUCUCCCUCCUCCUUCCACUUUACCUACCUCCAUCCCAAUCUGUCCUCUUUUCCUAUCUUCUUCCUUACCAGUCCAUCACCCGUCUAUCCCACAAUCUCCCCUCCCAUCAGUCACAAUGGCCUCCACUCGCGUCCUCGCUUCCAGACUCGCCACCCAGAUGGCCACCAAGGCCGCCCGCCCUGCGGUGCGCGUCUCUGCCAUGCCCAAGCGCACCAUCACUGGCUUCUCCAGCCCCCUCCAGGCCGUCAAGCGCCAGCAGGCCACCACUGUCCAGUCCAAGGUCUUCACCCAGGUCCAGGCCAAGCGCGCCUACUCCUCUGAGAUCGCUCAGGCUAUGGUCGAGGUCUCCAAGAACUUGGGUAUGGGUUCCGCCGCCAUCGGUCUUACCGGUGCUGGUAUCGGUAUCGGUCUGGUCUUCGCCGCCCUCAUCAACGGUGUUGCCCGCAACCCUGCCCUCCGUGGCCAGCUCUUCUCCUACGCCAUUCUUGGUUUCGCCUUCGUCGAGGCCAUCGGUCUCUUCGACCUCAUGGUUGCCCUCAUGGCCAAGUUCGUACACGUAAGCGAUUUACUUCGCGCUGGCGAGCUGGGGAGACGCGAGGCGGACAGCUUUCGGACGGAGCCGUCUUCCCGCGUCUUUUCCCCUCGGGACAGGUUCGCCUAUGGCUACGCAUUGGAGUCGCCAAUGCUCCACACUGCGUAGUGACCCUGAGUUAAUAGACGGGAUAGAUAACAUGGUGGGCAUUUAGAAGUAUAGAGGUCAUAGACCGCACGGCUUUUUUUGAGCUGUGUUGUAUAGAUGGAGAAUGGUCUCGUGGCAGACGGACGCGGGCUUCGCAAUACUCUUACGAGCGAAAAAGUUUUGCACACCCCCCCUCGAUCUUUCUUGCUUCGGCCUGUUUUUUCCCACCCCCCGUGGCUCUUGGCCCUGACACACUUUUUUCUGUAAAAAUACUACAAACCUCAAACUCAUGAUGAUCAAAA